AAAAACAACAACAGCAAAGUGAGCCGAGAAAGGUGUGAAACGUCAUCCGCAGGAUUUCAACUUCAACGCAAAGAACCUGCUGGCAGGAAAAAAGUUCCGAAAAAGUGGUCCAAAGGUGGUUCCAGUUCCGGUUUGGAUGAUUCCAGUUGUAUGAAGCAUGGUUCUACCGUGUGACGAUGCAAAAAAGUGCUAACUUUUAGAUUUUAUGGUAAAUUUUGAGUGAGAAAUUUGGCCCAGGAAGAAACUCCACUUCAAGGAAGGGAAGGUUUGUUUACAAGUGCCCUCUGGCACGGCACGGCGCUGGGGAAGGACACUAGCGGCAAAUCGAUUUUUGGUGCAGGUUUUCCUUCUGUGUGUGGCAAGCACAGUCGACGACGCAGAACGAUGAAGUUUGUGCGGAUGUUCCGGGUUUAAGGGGGUUCGGCGACCAGCAACGGAACGGCAGCUCUCGAUGACCACCCAUUCGACGGCCAGUCUGCUGCGGAACGGCCUCAACGGGCCAGCCCAUCAUCACAAAACAAGAUUCUUUCUUGUAAUGAUGCGCCUCAACCUAAAGUUUCUGCUGAUAUGCCUCUGCUUCGCCGUGUUCCUGAUCACGUUCACGCUGUGGACCAACUGCGGCGGGGAUCUGCCCUUUGCGCGGGGGCUCGUCCCCAAGUGGAGCAGCCACGCCCGUUACGAGAGUGGAGAGAAUCCGCUGGAACUGACCGAGGAGAUCGACUGCGUCAUAAACCAGGAGUAUACGAUCGGAUGUCGCAGGGAGGGCGACGAGGUUUAUUUGCCAUUUUCGUUCCUCAGCAAGUACUUUGAGGUUUACGGAUCGUUGAACACGGUGGAUGGGGCUAAGCGGUUCGACUGGGCGCACAGCUAUGGGAAGGUUAAUGCCCCGAAGGGCGGGUACGAUCCGAAGGGGAUCUUCAUGUACUUUGAGAACUACAACGUGGAAAUGCGCGAUCGGGUCAAGUGUAUUAGCGCGAUCGAGGGGGUGCCGAUUUCGACGCAGUGGGAAAGUCAGGGCUAUUUUUACGCCACGCAGAUUGCCCAGUUUGGGCUGUCGCAUUACAGUAAGAAUUUGACGGAGCCGGAACCGCGGCGGAAGAUUGUCGAGGAUGGCGACAAGGAGAUGGCCGAGUGGCGAGUUCCGAAGAACAGCUCGUUGAGCAGGGCGUUUGUGCGGGAGAAGGAAUCGACGGUGGUGCAUUUUUCCACUGGGAAGCAGUUUGACAGUGCGAUUACGCUGCCGAUGGACCACGUGUUGGAUCUGGUGCUGAGCGUAAACCUGCUGUUGAGGCCGAACUCGAGCUUCACCGUCACGUUGCAGAAUCGGGAAACGCAAAAGUUGUACAACGUAAUUUACAUCCUGGCGGAUCUCAUGAUGAGCGUUCAGGACGACAACAUUUACUACGGCAUUGGCCAGAACAGCACCUCGAACUGGCGGAGGUUAACGCGGGAUUUGUUUGUAGAUCUGCAGAAGGGUCUGCCGCAGUACAUCAACACCGAGAAGCGACGCAAGAUGCGGCGGACGGAGCUGAAAGUGGUGGAAAUUUCCUUCCUCGGCAACGGCAGCUUCGACAACUUAACCCUCGCGACCAGCGAACACAUUAGUCACUUUUACGACGCCGCCGAGUGGAUGAUCCGUCACCAGGACCAAAGCACCGGUGGUUGGCCAAUCCCAGUACGAAGAAAGCUCGGUCCCGGCUUCGGCGAACUCUCCCGCGGCUGGUACUCUGCGAUGUCCCAAGGGCACGCGAUUUCCCUGCUCGCCCGGGCCUACUUCCACUCCCGGGGAGACAAACGGUACCUGAAGGCGGCCCUGGACGGGCUCAAACUGUUCCGGAUACCGUCCUACCAGGGCGGCGUCCUGGCGACCUUCCUCGGCAAGUACGCCUGGUACGAGGAAUAUCCGACGACGCCGCCGUCGUUCGUGCUCAACGGGUUCAUCUACUCGCUGCUGGGGCUGUACGAUCUGAACUCGACGGCGCCGGCGAACCACUCGAACGAGGCGGCCGCCCUCUUUGAGCAGGGCAUGCUGUCGCUCAAGAAGAUGCUGCUACUGUUUGAUACCGGGUCCGGGACGAGCUACGACCUGAGGCACUUUACGUUGGGAAUCGCCCCCAAUCUGGCCCGCUGGGACUACCACGCGACCCACGUGAACCAGCUGCUGCUGCUGGCCACGAUCGACCCGGACCCGAUCAUAGCUCAGACGGCGGAACGGUGGAAAAACUACAUGCUCGGUAAGCGAGCCCAGCACAAUUAAUGGGAAGUAGUUUUUUUCCCUAUUUUUUCUGUUGUCGAAAUUCCAGCAACAAAAAAUGCAACACUGGCUCUUCCUCUUCCUCCUAAUGCCUUACACACACAUACACGAGCACACAUACAAACACACACUCACUUACGAGUGAACAAUGAGAGAAAAUUAGUAACGAGCGAAGUUAAGCUGAUUAAGUCAUUAAAAAAGACAACCACAACAUUUUGAGAAACAAAUUUGCAAAAAUAAAUUUCUUUUUUUUUGAAAAAGGAAUCAACACAAAAAACACACAACUUUUAACACAUUUGUAGCUAGUUGAUUGUUGUUUGAGCGGUGGAAAAAUACACAAACAAACUGCAAAAUGAUGGACCAUCGCAAAAAAAUAUAGCAGCAAGGUCGAAACAACAGUGUACUUGUAUCUUAACUUAAUACACACAAACACAUUAAAAAUAGUGGCCAGAAUAGUUAAAUUCAACGAUUUCACAACACUUAUCACGAAACACACAGCUAGAAAGAAGAUAAACACUGAAAGACACACGAAACUAACUUAUGGUACGUUCGUUUGAUGGCUAGUGCCACACUGAGUGCCGCACUCAGAGCUGUCAAAGUGUUUGUUUGAAGAAACUCGCGCUAGUUCCACACGAGUUUCGCCGCCAUCUUGGAACUGAAACUCUAGUGCCGCACUCGAUAUUUUUUCAGUUUCAUGCGAGUUCCAAGCGCACUGACAAAUGACGUUCGAUUGAACCAAAACUGACACCGACGAGUGCGGCACUCAGGGCCGCACCGGCUCUUCAAACGAACGUACCAUUAAUUUGUUCAGAUUUUUUUGAGUUUCUAGAAAGUUUAGAGUAGGUAGAGCGUCGUGCAACUGGAUUUAGGAUUAAACCUUUAAAUAUAAUACAAAGCGAGCUGUUGAAUGAAUGGAAUGGAGUGGAACGAAGUGAUGGUUUUAAAAUCGUGUAAAUAGAAGAAAAUAAUUUAACAAAGUAGGAUUACUGUUGUUGGUGAUCGCACGGAAAAGGGUUGUUGACGUUAGUAGCUGACGCAGGUUUUGAAAUAGUGCACCAGAUCGAAUCAGAGAGACUUACUUUCUUGCCGUUUGUUGGACAUGUUUUGCAUUAAGUUACUUCUCUUUGUAUAAUGUAUGAUAUAAAACCUAAGUCUGUUGUACAUUUUGUUAUGCUUUAAGCUAUUUAUUAUGUUAUUCUUGCGUCUAUCGAAUUAUAUUUAAGCAUAUCUCUAAGGUAUUAUUGAGUUCGUUUUCAAAUUCAAGAGCAAUUUGUAGCAACACGAAAGUAGCAUAUCAACAAUUCACAAAGUCACAAAUACACUCAUAUUGAUUUUUCAUUUGAAAUUCCGUACAGAAAAAAAUAUUGAGUAAAAAUAAUAAUAUGACCGUCACAAAUGCAUUCUAGCAAUCAGCAUUCGCAUGGAGAUGGCGAUCUUGGCGGGUUGCAGACUGGAUUUCGUCAUGUAUAUGUGAUAAUUGUCCAACCCUGAUUGCUUAGAAAUUGAUUAAAGGGAAUUAAAACCAAUUCUAUCAGAACAGGACAAGCAGCACCAAAUGUCAUCACAGAUACAUCCUAGCAAUAUUUUCAAAGUCAAAAGUUUGGAAGGGGCAACUCCGAAGAGAUGCGGUGAAUCUCGAGGUGUUCCGCUCUCUCCUCCGUUGUACCUCCGGAGUGAGGGUCUUGGUUACUUCCUGCUGAACGACGAGAACCAUACUAGGCAACGGGCUUCAUCUCUCUUUAAGAUGACAGUUUCUGACUACACAUGUCCCAAGGGCAAGCAAUUCUUGCAUUGGGUCACGUGGAAUCUGCUGUUCCGAUAGGCUAUCCAUUGGACGAUGACUGAACCCACUUUCUUCACUGCACUCAGCUCCUUGUAGCUGGUAUGCCUUUUGAGGAAGCUUGAUCGUGAGCAUUUCCAAAGCAUUCAGAUUGUAGUGUUCCUUAAGUGUCAAACCACAAUUAGGUUAUUCGCCAUGACGUCAUUUGACAGCUCGUGUGUACUGUUUACAUGGUCUUGGUAAAUUUUCGACGAUUUUCCCCGAACAAAAUCGACGAUCGCAUCGAACUGAGCCAAAUCCUAAGUCCAUGUAAACAGUGCACCCUUUUCUAACCUCCAAAUCGAGUUGGUGUAGAAUCUAAUUCGGUAUGUUUUGACAAGUUUGCAAACAAUGCUUCCCUACACACCACAGUUUCAAACUGGACUCUGUUUCUCUGCCUUCCGUACCGAUGGUUUUGGUUUCGACGUCUGAUGAAAUUCGCACGCUUGGGACAGCUGCGGUUCGUGGCUUCGUGGGCUCCAGAGCAGUUGGCACACCGCUCCGCUUCACCUCCCCUUGAGGUGACAGUUCCCGGUUCCAUGGCCCAGCUGCAAGCAGUUCCUGUACUGGGUCACGUUUGGUCGCUUGUUCCGGUAGGUCUCCCACCGGAUGUGAAAUGCUUUCAAUAAGCGCUUGAUUACACUCAGCUGCUUUAGGUUGGUGUACCCCUUGGGGAACGUGACAAUGCACCUUUACAGCAUCCGGGUUGUGCGAUUCCUUGAGGUUCUUUUUGACGUAUUCAGGUGAAUCCGUUGGAAGUCCUCUGACAACGAUGCGGAGUUCCCGCUCGCUUCGUUUCUCGUGGGUAAAGAACUCCACAUUGUUCGCAAUCAAGUAAACCCGCGCGGUUUCAAAACGGUCUUCGGAGAGGCACAGCAUUUUGAUUCCAAAUGGAGUGUUGGUUUAUAACUUGGCCGACAACAUUACACUCAACCCCCGGUGGUUGGUCACUUUUUCGUUUGACACUUUUUUAGUUUGUACCCCGUUGGUUGGUCAAAGUCAAACUAAAAAGUGACGAACUGUCACUUUUUACACGGCGCUUACGCACACUAUCAAAACAAACGUUUGGUAGUGUGUGUGAACUCCGUGUAAAAUGGGUGUCAAACUAAAACGUGACCCCGUUCGUUUGACAACAGUUGGUGUCAAACCAUCGGGGUUUGAGUGUACACUCCUCAGCUUGGAAAAGCUCGCAUUCUUUACACGCAGAAAAAAGAAUUAUCAAUUCGAUAAAUUUCUGACAUCAAUUCGAUAAAUAAAAUUAUCGGUUGGCAACCAAUAAUUUUGACAUAGGACUAUGUCUCUACUUACUAUAUUGGGGGGCCAGUUCAGAAAUUCGAUCCAAAGCGUCACAUUUGAGCGUUCAAAAAAAGGGGACAUUUCGAACGCUUAUAUCUUUUUUCCGUGUGAAUUAAUCCAGACGGUUGAACCACCAAUCGAAAGGGGAAGACUUCAGCUAUCGUUUAACUACAUAGGAAGUUUGACUAAACAUAGUUAAAGCACUUAAAACAUGCAAUCAAAAUGAGUAAUUUUUCAGUACAAAUCGGACAGAUGACCAAUCAGAGCGAGCGUAUGCAUUCGAGGCCGCGCCCCUUUUGUGCCGUUCUCCGGCUGUGCCGCUAUUUAAGCAGAAAAUUUUGCAAAAGAAAGUCACUUUUUAACGAGCACUCGAAUUGUGCACGUCGGGCCGGCGCGGAGCAGCAGCAGCCAAUAGAAGAAGAGGACCAGUAACCAUAAGGAAGAACCACUAGCAGCAGAAGGAGGAAAUUCGAGCGAAGCGGACCGGUGGAAGUCGCUAUGAUGCGGCGGUUCUCAUGAAAAAUGGCCAUUUCGACAGUGGUGGCCAAAACCUGGAGUGGCCGGUGCCCUCAAAGCAGGUUCCCCCGGGGCCCGGAGGGCCUUUUACAGAACCAUACGAGUUGUUGCAAUAUGGGUAUCAAAAUUCAUGGUUUUUGAUACUGAACAUGAAAAUUACCAUUUCGACAGUAGUGGCCACAACCUGGAGUGGCCGGUGAUCUCAAAGCAGGUUCCCACGGGGCCUGGGGGGACAUUUACAGAACCAUACGAGUUGUUGCAAUAUGGGUAUCGAAAUUCAUGGUUUUUGAUACUGUACAUGAAAAUUGACAUUUCGACAGCAGUGGCCACAACCUGGAGUGGCCGGUGCCCUCAGAGCAGGUUCCCCGAGGCCCGGAGGGCCUUUUACAGAACCAUACGAGUUGUGGCAAUAUGGGUAUCAAAAUUCAUGGUUUUUGAUACUGAACAUGAUAAUGGCCAUUUCGACAGUGGUGGCCAAAACCUGGAGUGGCCGCUGCCCUCAAAGAAGGUUCCCCCGGGGCCUGGGGGACAUUUACAGAACCAUACGAGUUGUUGCAAUAUGGGUAUCGAAAUUCAUGGUUUUUGAUACUGUACAUGAAAAUUGACAUUUCGACAGUAGUGGCCACAACCUGGAGUGGCCAGUGAUCUCAAAGCAGGUUCCCCCGAGGCCCGGAGGGCCUUUUACAGAAACAUACGAGUUGUGGCAAUAUGGGUAUCAAAAUUCAUGGUUUUUGAUACUGAACACGAGAAUUGACAUUUCGACCGUAGUGGCCAUAACCUAAAGUAGCCGGUGCCCUAAAAGCAGGUUCCUCUUGGGCCCAGGGUAACAUUAACCGAAACAAACGAGUUGUUGCAAUAUGGGUAUCAAAAUUCAUUGUUUUGAUAUUUAACCUUCAAAUGGCCAUUUCGACAGUAGUGGCCACAACCUGGAGUUGCCGUACCCUCAUGGAUGGUUCACCUUGGGGGAACAUUUAGGACAAUUUUGCCGACAAAUCUAUGAAACAAAAUACAAUAAUCUUAUUCCAGAUUUCACUAGCAAUCCAAAAACUCAUUCAAAAUGUUUGGUCCUAUGUCUUUCGGUUAUGUCUCUGACAUACCAUCUUGAACUUUUUUUUAUCAAAUUUGAUAAGAUUUCUUAUCAAUUUGAUAAAUGUAAUUUAUCAAUUUGACAAAACAAUUAUCGAAAUGAAAAACGUCAUCGAGGGAACGUCAAAAGCAAAAUUUGUCAGAUCGAUAAAACUAUUUAUCAUUUUGAUAAAUCAUUUUAUUAAAACUAUAAAUGUUUUUAUCAAGAUGAAAAUUGUAUUUAUCGUUAUUACGCAGGUCGUUUUUUGUACUUCUGAAAAAUUGAACUCAAACAAUUUUUUUUUUGCUGAGAAAAAUUCAUUUAUUUACAUAAAUUUGUGUUUUUACCAUGUACAUUAUGUUAUUCCCAUCCUGCGCUGGUUCACCAACAAUCUCGCCUCUCCAGGCUGUGGGUCCACCUCCAUGGUGGACCAACUGGCUCGAACAUUCUUAGUGACCGAUUCUUCAACAAAUAGCAGCCAAGUGCUUCUGAGGUGUACCUCGGAUGAGAUUUAUCUGAAAAAAUGAAAAUAGAUAGAUUCCUCUGUCCUCUGUUGUUUUCUCUACCUCCGGUUCUAGUGCUAGCGGACUUGCCGUUGCGAAGUGACCAUCUUUACCUUAACUUUUGAGGUUCCCGGUUUCUACUGGAAGCCGCAACAGCAGGGAUAGCGCUGGUGGUGGCAUUCUCGGCUUUAUAUACUUCUUCCAGUACGCUUUUCGCUGGGUAGCUUCAGAGGAGACUGCGUUUUUGACUGACUCGACGCCGACAACGACGUCGAUUCGCCGCACGGUUUUCACAGGUUUCGAGGACAAACUCUCCGGAUACAGCGGCUUUGUAUCAAAACAGGUUCCACAUUUGUUUUGUUUAUGUUUCGAAUGACAGGAGAAAACGUGCACACGAAAAAUCAAGCUAUAAUUGAAUUUAUCAAACUAACAAUAAAAAUUAUCGUUUUGAUAUUAAAAAUUUAUCAACACGAUAAACCAAGGUUAUCAAAUCAAUAACUAAAAAUUAUUAAUGUUGAUAAUGUUAUUUAUCAAAUUGAUAAGGCUGAACUUUUCUGCGUGUACCACCAAAAAAAUGUGGUUUCUUGGCCACUGAACCGGUGGAUGCCUCCUUUCGCGGCUGGGUUACCACUGUUGUUCUCCAACAGCGAGUUGAACUUGUUGUUGUUUCGGAGCUGUUCCUCGUUGCCAUUUCCGACGACGGCUCCGUCGUCACUAGUCCCGCGUUCCGACAACGGGAAGAAAAGCGUGGUCGGAGGAACCUCCAUCCACAAGCACUUUGGCACAGCAACAGCACAGAAAAAACGCGACCACCACCUUUAACGGUCAAACGGGUUCUCGCACAAAGUGAUUUGUUGACAUUUUUCGGCACCCUCCGCAAACGUCAAACCAUAUAAAUUUGUUGCCAAAUCUUUUCCGGGAGAGUUCCGGCAGGAACUUUGUACUGGCUUGACGUUUCGGGAAGGUGCCGCAAAAUUUGGUUAUGUCACUGAUUGCAGAAAAAAAUAGGUUUUGUUUACUUAUUUCACUUUUUUUAUUUCCGUCAAUGACUGCUGAGAUCAAAAUGACAACUUUUAUUUGCAGUUGCCACUUCCAUCGUGUUUUCUACAAGAGUAGCAGAAAAUUACUCAGAAACAGCUGAAAAUUUGGCUAAGUUUUCUGCUGUUUAACCUAAAAAGUCGUUUAGAGUUAGUGAGAGCUAUUGAAAACUCUCCUCCCGAGGAUGAUUUUCACUUUUUCACCUGACACUCACACUUUAUUUUUACUAUAACAAAGAUGUUAGGGUGUUGGGGCACAACAGAUUUUUGUACGGAAUUUCAAAUGAAGAUUAAACAUUUAGAGAGCUUAUAACAACAAAAAUCUGCUGUAUAUAUAUAAAAAAAACACAUCAAAUACAAUAAAACAAGCACAGAAAAACCAACUAACAUUUAAAUUUUGUAAAGCCCAAAGUUGUGCAAGUGGGAAGAAUGACGGUCACAUAAAUUGUUAAAAAUGAACGAAAUCAGAAGCAGCAGACAGCGUACUGUACUAGGAAUCAGUCAAUAAUGGAGAGAACCAACCAUUCCGUUUUUGUUUCGUUCAAAAUUGACUGCCUAUUAUUUUUGAGAAUGUUUAUUCGUUACUUAAUCAAUGUAAAUUUAAACUUAUUUUUUUUUUGGUUUCAUUCGAAAUGGGGUUGUUAAACACUCUCGAUAAAUUAUUAAAAAUAAAACUAUAAAAGACUGUUGACACUGUACGAACUAGGUUUUGUAACUAAAAAGAGAAAAUAAAAAAAAAACCCAAAAAUAAUGCUUCGAAAAAGCAAAACUUAACUAAUUGGCUAGAAACAAUCACACACCCUGUGUAACAAGUUUGAGUUUGAAAGCUUAAGUUGCCCAGCGCUAAACGCUGCUCCUCCUUGGAACCGAACACGAAUUAACACACAUUUUAAAAGCGCGUAGUUUAAAUAAAAAGACAAUAAAAAUAAUGAACCAGGAAUGGGCGUGCGAAUAGGGAAGCAAGUUGUAGAAAUGUUAGUGAUUAUUCGGACUCAGACUACUCAAAACUCUCUCACUCACCUCUUUUGUUGUUGUUUGAGACACGAUUUGUAGAAGGCAGGGCGCUACUCCCGGUAGUAGCAGCAGCAGCAGGUUUAGCAAGCAAAAAGGCAUAAUCAAUUAUAUUGUACAAAAAAUGAUCGGAACUAAGUAGAUAAAUGUAAUUAACAGAAACUAACAAAAAAAAGUAAACGAAAUAUCCCGUUUCACUCUUGUCGAAUUUUGUCGAAUCAAACUUGGAAUAACGAUACAAACACACAGACACUCAUAAACAAAACACACGCACUCACUCACACAUACAGAGAGAAAGAAUAGAACAAAUUCUCAGCUAGACUCUCAGUAUGGUGAUUUACCAAAAACCACUUGACAAACCAUGUUCCUCCUAACUAAAUGAAAUAAAACAAAACCAAAACUAAACCAGAUUUGUAUAAGUUUUUGAAUAUUGCACACACAUCAGUCAGAAUGGCAGAGUUCCACUAAACUCGUUUCCCUUCCUCUCGUCUGGAGUGUGUACUAGCGCGUGUUUGCUCCUUUUAGGCACGGAAAGUUACAAGUAGUGUUCAAUAGCCUCAACCGAUUUUUAAACAAAACUGAACCUCCUUCAAAGCUAGUAUUAGUAAGCUCACCCACACACACUCAACCACAUCCAUUUGUUCUUUUCAAGCGUGUAAUGAAACAAGUUUAAUGAGAAGGGGUUUAGUUGAAGGUUUUUGAAAACGAAAGAAAGGUUUUAGCAGAAGAGAAAUAGAUUGUUAACUCACAAACUUAUUGCAAUAGAAGUACUAAAACUUGGUUGGACUCGGCUGAGAAGAUUUGACAAAAAGAUGGGGGAUUUAGAGUGAAAAUAUAGGACAGCUAAGCAAAAUAUCGACAAACAAAUGCACAGACAACAGCUCAGAGUAAAUCCAAAAAAUAUUUAAAAACACUGCACACACUUACACUAACUACACUCACUUACACACAAACAAACAAACAAAUACACAACAAAAAGUAUAAAACAAGUAUGUCAAUAAGAAAUGAAAUAAGACAAGUAAACGCAAAAUGGACUAUGAUUAAUAUUA